GCACUUCCCAAGUGGCAAGAAACCAUCCAGCAUGUACCUCGGUCGCGCGUCUGCGUACAUGGCGCUCGCGUUCUGGAUCGCAUCAUCCGCCGCGUCGUCUGUCGUCCGCCUCAAUAGCGACACGUUCGACGCGGUCACGCAGCUCCAAGCGCCCGAGAGUGACUGGUUCAUCGCCUUUCACGCGCCAAACUGCCCGUACUUCGAAGCGCUCGAGCCGACGCUCAACGCUGUCGCCAAGGCUUUGCCCAAGCAACUGCGCGUCGCCGCCGUCGACGGGCGUCAAAACUCCGAUCUAAAGGAUCGUUUCAACGUCCGGCGGACGCCGACCGUCUACUUCUUCCACAACGGCCGCAUGUACCCCUUCAAAGGGCCGCAGACCGUCGAGUACAUGACCGAGUACGCAAGCGGCGGCUUCCGCGAAAUUGACCGCGCGAAUAUCAACUUCAAGCGCCACCUGCCCGUGCCGCCGCCCGUGCGAAAAAACGACCAUCGAUGACGUCAAUGCGACAUGGGCCUCGGACACGUCGUCGACGUCGUCGACAAAUCACAUGGCGGCGGCUCGCAACAUGAAGAGCGAUUUGUAACAAAAACGUACACUUUGUCUAUCUAGUCUUGGACUACCGGUAGUAUCCUUUGAGACAUGGGGACAU